AUGAAUUACAAUUCUGCUGUGUUAGGAAUUGUGGCUAAAUUGAGAUACUGUGGUGAUACGAUCACCGAGUCUCAAAUGCUUGAGAAGACAUACACCACAUUCCACAAGAGCCACAUCACCCUGCAACAACAAUAUAGGUUGCGGGGAUAUACCAAAUUUUCGGAUUUGAUUGUGGCACUUCUCAUAGCAGAAAAGAACAACGAGCUUCUGAUCAAGAAUCACAUGACUCGUCCAACUGGUUCCAAAGCGUUUCCCGAAGCAAACACAUUAGAUGCGAAGAAACCAGCAAAGGAAAAUAAGGCUUUUCGCGGUCGCGGACGUGGUCGUCAAAACUACCGUGGACGUGGACGAAAGUACAAUCCACAAGAUAGGAAGUCAUUCCAGUGGGUCCGCUCUGAACAAUCUCCUAAAGGAAAAGAACAACAAGGAAGUACCUCCCAGAAGCGAGAAGACGCUUGUUUCAGAUGCGGUACUAAGGGACAUUGGUCUCGUAUAUGCCGUACCCAUGCACACCUUUGUGAUCUGUACAAGAAGUCCGUCAAAGGGAAAGAAAAGGAGGUAAACUUUGCGGAACAUUCUGAGGGUACAACGCACCUCGAUGCGUCUGACUUUGUGAAUGAUUUCGAGGAGACCGCUAUCACGGAAGCUUAA